AUGUUGGAGAACAAUCGAGACAGUUCUGGUUUUUUGAUGCAGGAGACGGAGCUGAAAGAUAGCGAGGCGAGGACAGAACGAAUGUCUCCAAGUCUUGUGAUGGAACUUUCUCCUACGGAUGAUGAGUGUGCCAUCAUUCAGCUGCCUCACGUCCGUCUUCCUGGACUUUGUUUCGUGCAAGGCGAUUACGUGGUAGUUGAUGCGCCCUACAGCUUCGAGAAGGGCGUGAAGAUCGGCGUUGGU